AUGGUGAUCCUCUCAGCAGCCAUCACAACCCGCUCGGGCAAGCCAAUCCUCGCCAGGCAGUUCCGGCAGAUGCAAAGAUCGCGAGUCGAAGCACUUCUAGCCUCCUUCCCGAAGCUCGCGGACACAGCCAGCCAGCAUACCACAGUCGAGCAGGACAAUGUUCGAUUUGUGUACCAGCCUCUGGACGAGCUAUACAUGGUCCUGAUCACGAACCGACAAAGCAACAUCUUGCAGGAUAUAUCUACACUGCAUCUAUUCGCACAGGUCGUGGGCUCAAUAUGCAAAAGCCUGGACGAGCGAGAGAUUGCACGAUGCGCUUUCGAGCUCCUGUCUGCCUUUGAUGAGGUGGUCACCCAAGGCUACCGGGAGAACCUGACGCUGUCCCAGAUCAAGACAUUCUUGGACAUGGAGUCGCACGAGGAGCGUAUCCAGGAAAUCAUUGCUCGGAACAAGGAGCUCGAGGCUUCUGAGGAGCGGAAACGAAAGGCCAAGCAGCUGGAGAUGCAACGCAAGGAGAUGUCGAGAGCUUCACGAGCAGGGAGUGGUGGUGGCAUACCCAGAGCGCCCAAUUAUCCGACAUACACCCCACCACCGGCAACACCAUCCAUGCCAGAUACCUACGACAGCUACACCGCCGCCAAGAACCAAAGCUUCAACAAGCCUCUGGCGUCUCGUGGCAAGGGCAUGCAGCUUGGCAAAAAGAAGCCAGGCAACACCAUGUUCGAAGCUGUACGCGGCGAUCUCGGACCCGAAGCAGAAGCCAACACACCUCUGGCUGGCGUCUCCACACCAGCUGCACCUUCCAUACAGCCAAACCUUCCAGCUCACUCAGCCUCUGCAUCGUCCGGCUCUGACGCCAUCCACAUCACAGUCGCCGAAGCCAUCUCUGCCCGUCUCAGCCGCGAAGGCAGCCUCGAGACUUUCGAAGUGAAAGGUGACCUCCAACUCCGCAUCACAGACCCAACACUUACCCAAGUGAAACUCGAACUUGCACUCGGCGACACCCGCGGUGCUCAACUUAACGCCCAUCCCAAAGUCGACAGGAACGAGUUUCGUAACAACAAUAUCGUGCAACUUACAGAUACCACUAAGGGCUUCCCAGCCAACAACAGUAUCCAGAUCGUACGAUGGAGGUUGACAGCCAAACCCGACGAGAUUCAAGACCCACCUAUUAAGUUCACGGUCUGGACUUCCGAACUGUCUCCGGGAACAUGGAACAUCACCCUCGAGUACGAACUAACCGGUUCCGAUAAUCUCAAAGACGUCGUUGUCACGAUACCGUACGCCACGUCCGAGCCCGCUGUAUCGUCCUUCGACGCAGUCUACGAAGUCAGCGGUGACAGUAUCGACUGGACGAUCGGAGACGUGGACGAGGGGAACGCGACAGGCUCGUUUGAGUUCGAGGCACAGGCUGGUGAUGAGGCGGAGUUCUUUCCUAUGGGUGUCAAGUUCAGGAAGUCGAGACCUUGGGUGGAUGUAGAUGUGCGUGGGGUGCAGUUACUGAAUGAGGGUGUGGAUGUGCCGUUUGUUAAGGAAGUCAGGAGUGUGGGAGAUGGGUAUAUGGUGGUUUAG